AGCAUAUCACCUUUGUAUCCUUCCAAACAGAGAUUCAAUUAUAAAAAGGAAGAUCCUGCCACCAAUUUUGCUGCAGGUUCAAUUUCAACGUUUUCAGCGUAUAUAGAGACGCAUCAUUUUCCGCUGACGGAAAGUUCGCCAAAAAAAUUCCAACUCUAUACACGGCGUCGAGUUAAUAUUUGAUCUCGCCACCCCGCAAACAUGGAGGCCAUUAAGAAGACUUUUGCGAGAUGCAAACAGGAACAAAGACCUGCUCUCGUCACCUAUGUGACGGCCGGUUACCCAACUAUCGAGGAGACGGUUGACCUCAUGCUUGGCAUGGAAGCUGGUGGUGCUGACAUCAUUGAGCUUGGUGUCCCAUUCACGGAUCCUGUCGCUGAUGGACCAACAAUUCAAAAGUCCAACGUCGUUGCUCUGCGGAACGGUGUCACCAUUUCCAUUGUGCUCGACAUUGUUCGGACUGCGCGGUCGAAGGGCCUCCAAGCCCCCGUCAUGAUGAUGGGAUACUGCAACCCGGUUCUGAGCUACGGUGAGGACCGUAUGCUCAAGGAUGCUCGGGAGGCUGGCGUCAAUGGCUUCAUUAUCGUUGAUAUGCCGCCCGAGGAAGCUGUUCAGUUCCGCGCAAACUGCACCAAGGCUGGCCUCUCCUACAUUCCUUUGAUUGCCCCGGCCACCUCUGAGUCUCGUAUGAAGCUGCUCUGCAAGAUUGCCGACUCCUUCAUCUACGUUGUUUCCCGCAUGGGAACUACGGGUGCCUCUGGCACCCUCAACGCUUCGCUCCCCGACUUGCUCCGCCGCGUCCACUCCUACUCCGGAAACAUUCCUACCGCCGUCGGCUUUGGUGUCAGCACCCGCGACCAUUUCCUUAGUGUUGGCGCUAUCUCUGAGGGUGUUGUUAUUGGCAGUCAGCUCAUCAACGUUCUUGCUGAAGCCCCUGCCGGACAGGGUGCAAAGAAGGUCGAAGAGUAUUGUGCCGCCAUUACCUGCCGACGACCCGGUCAAAACGGUCUUACGAGAGAGGUGGGCAUUGUUGAGGCUAUGGGAGAUGCGCAAGAACCCAGCGGAGUGUCUGUCGACAGAGUGAUUACCGAGAAGGAGGCUGGUUCUGGACCUGGCCUUGCGGACCAGAUCGAGGCCCUGAACGCUGACGGUGCUGCCGAUCCUGCUGCGCUUCCGUCACGAUUUGGCGAGUUUGGUGGCCAGUAUGUCCCCGAAUCGCUCAUGGACUCCCUUGCGGAGCUUGAAGCUGGCUUCAACGCCAUCAGGGAUGACCCCAAGUUCUGGGAGGAAUACAGAUCAUAUUACCCUUACAUGGGCAGACCCGGCCAUCUCCAUCUCGCUGAUAGAUUGACCGAACACGUCGGAGGAGCCAACAUUUGGUUGAAGCGGGAGGAUCUCAACCACACUGGUAGCCACAAGAUCAACAAUGCCAUUGGUCAGAUUCUGCUUGCAAAGCGUCUUGGAAAAACCCAGAUCAUUGCAGAGACUGGUGCAGGUCAGCACGGUGUCGCCACCGCCACAGUAUGUGCCAAGUUUGGCAUGAAGUGCAUCAUCUUCAUGGGAGCCGAAGAUGUCAGACGCCAGGCACUUAACGUGUUUAGAAUCAAGCUUCUCGGUGCCCAGGUUGUUGCAGUCGAGUCUGGCUCCCGCACCCUGCGUGACGCUGUCAACGAGGCUCUCCGCUAUUGGGUGACUGAGCUCUCGACAACCCACUACAUUAUUGGAUCGGCCAUCGGCCCACACCCUUACCCCACCAUCGUCCGUACGUUCCAAUCUGUCAUUGGAAACGAGACCAAGGAGCAGCUCCAGAAGUUGCGCGGCAAUCUUCCUGACGCCGUGGUUGCCUGCGUUGGCGGUGGUAGCAAUGCUGUUGGCAUGUUCUACCCAUUCUCCAAGGAUCCCAGCGUCCAGCUCGUUGGUGUUGAGGCCGCUGGUGAAGGUCUCGACUCUGGCAGGCACAGUGCUACCCUCACUGGAGGCAGUAAGGGUGUGUUGCACGGUGUCCGGACUUAUGUCUUGCAGGACAAGAACGGUCAAAUCACUGAGACACACUCUGUUUCUGCGGGUCUUGACUACCCUGGUGUCGGACCCGAGCUGAGUUCUUGGAAGGACUCUGAACGGGCCACCUACAUUGCUGCCACUGAUGCCGAGGCAUUCGAGGGCUUCCGUUUGCUCUCGCAGCUCGAAGGUAUUAUUCCUGCCUUGGAGACUUCUCACGCCAUCUCCGGCGCCAUCAAGAUUGCCAAGGAGCUUGGCAAGGGUAAAGACAUUGUCAUCUGCGUUAGCGGCAGAGGAGAUAAGGAUGUGCAAAGCGUGGCAGAGGAGCUUCCUAAGCUUGGCCCCAAGAUUGGCUGGGACCUGAGAUUCUAAAAACUUUGUAGAUAUCUACAUGUUGUGUGAUAUACCACGAAAAGCAUGCAAUUUUUUUUUAUAAAGCGGGGUCAUACCGGCGCUUAGUAACUCUGAAUAUUUAGAGGUGUAUUUGAAAAUUUGAGUAUAUUUAUGCAACUUCUUAUUUGACUCGUUUGGUAUGCUUAGCUCUAAGUG